AUGGCAACCCCUCCAGAUAUUGCGGGACGAGGCUUUGGAUCCGACGCCACAUACAUAUAUGAAUAUUCUAGGGGCCUGGGGGGAGUGGAUGUUCCUCGCGAUGUGAUCAUCACCCGGAUCAUCUACUCUUCGCUCGUCAUUCUAGCCCUCGUGCUGUUCUGUGGCCGAAUAGCCCAAAUCAGCCAUGCAUACCUCCGCCAAAUCACCGCCUCCAGCGCAAACAAGAAACAGCAGACCUUCUGGGCCCAGGAGGUCUCAUCAUGGUGGCCCGCUAUCAAAAAGCACUUCCUCUACGCCCCACUGGGCAAUAAGAGACACAAUAGAGAACUGCAGCUUUCCUCUGUUGUGAGUGUUGGCACUCUGCCCUCCCGACUGCAGACUAUCCUGGUCUUCCUCUAUUUCUCCAGUCAAGUCGCAUACUGUGUCUUCCUGGACUAUAAGGUCAACCACAAGGCAGCGCUCCUAGCAGAGCUCCGCGGACGAUCAGGGACGCUGGCCGUCCUUAACAUGGUGCCUCUAUUCAUUCUCGCCGGCCGAAAUAAUCCAUUGAUCUCAAUCUUGCACAUCAGCUUCGACACAUACAACCUCCUCCACCGCUGGCUAGGUCGUAUGGUGGUGAUUGAAUCAGUGGUCCACACAGCUGCAUGGGCCGUCAACGCCGUGGACGAGCAAGACUUUGCGCACAUGCUCGACCGACUUCAAACAACACCCUUCUUCACCUGGGGCCUAGUGGGAACCGUCGCAAUGAUAUUCCUUUUCUUGCACUCUCCCUCCCCAGUCCGACACGCCUUCUACGAGACAUUCCUUCACCUGCAUCAAUUAGCAGCCUUGCUAGCAUACCUAGGCGUCCUCCUCCACCUGAAGCUGGACAACCUCCCGCAAGUAAGCUGGGCAAUCGCCAUUGCAGCAAUCUGGUUCCUCGACCGCAUAACCCGUCUCAUCCGCCUCCUCCACCUCAACGUCUCAACAGGAGGCACAACAACAAUGACCGUGCAAGCCCUCCCAGGCGAAGCCUGCCGCGUAACCUUCCACCUCCCAAAACGCAUCCCCAUCCAACCAGGCUGCCACGUCUUCGUCUACAUCCCCAAAAUCUCCUGGUGGAUGUCCCACCCCUUCUCAAUAGCCUGGGCAGAAGACACCUCAACCCCACAAAUCCAAUCCUCCAAAUACGCCGAUCUGGAAAAACAAAUAACACUCCCCUCAGCAACCAAGUCCCAAAUCUCUCUCAUAAUAGGCGCCCAGAAAGGCAUGACCCGCACCCUCUUCAACCUCGCCAACGCAUCCCCUUCCAAAUCAAUCUCCCUCCCAGGCUUCAUAGAAGGCCCCUACGGCUCCCACCCAACAAACCCAUCCAGCUACGGCACUGCGGUCCUCUUUUCAGCAGGCGCGGGAAUAACACACCACCUCCUCUACACAAAACAACUCGUCCAAGCAGCUGCAGCAGGAACAGCAGCCACCCGCCGCGUCUACCUAGUCUGGUCCGUCCGCUCAACAGACCAUUUAUCAUGGGUGAGCAAAUUCAUGGAUCAAAUCCUACGGUUACCAGGUCGUCGGGACAUUCUUACUGUGAAAUUGUUUGUCUCGAAGCCCCGCAAGGCAUCUGAUAUAGUCAGCCCCUCUGCGUCAGUUACUAUGCAGGCUGGUCGGUGUAGACCGGAUGUGGUUCUUGAUGAGAUUUUGCCAGGGCGUGUUGGCGCUACGCUGGUUAGUGUCUGUGGGCCUGGGGCAUUUGCUGAUGAGGUUAGAGAUGCGGCUAGGAAGAGGAUUGGGAAAGGUGCUGUUGUGGAUUUUGCAGAAGAGGCUUUUACUUGGUAA